AUGGCUGAGCCAGUUGGCAUAACAGGCACGGCUGUCGGAAUCGUUUCCUUUGGCCUUCAGCUGUAUACAGGGAUUUCAGAAUACCUCGAUGCCGUCAAGGGGCGUGACGAGGACCUGCAGACUGCGAAGCAAUAUGCCAAGAUACUGCGGGAUAAUCUCGGAUCAAUCGAAGAGACCAUCGGCGCGAUCGGUAGCGAAUACGCAGUGGCUAGAUAUGCUAUUGAACAGUGUCCGAUGGUGGAUCCCACCAAUCGCACGGAACAAGUAAAGAAAUGUUUGCGGAAACUCAGCUAUCCUUUCAAGAAGAAGGACAUCACCAGGCUUCAGGAUAGAUUGAGCCUAACCAACAAUGUUCUUCACACGGCCGCGUUGGCUUUACAGUUGGCCAUUUCUAACAAUACGUGCGCUACCAUCGUCAAUCUGCAAAAGAUGGCCAACGUAAUAUACAAAACAACUGAAGAUACCGCCAGUCACAUCGCCAAACAGAAUAUAGCUCUAGAGCAGGCAAGCCAGACCAUGUCAAAAUCCCACCAGGAGUUUCAGCUUAUCUCUCAACGCAUAUCGACGUCUCUGGAUACAAGGAUCGAUGACCUCGUUACACAUCUACGCAACUCGGAAAGUCCCCGCUCUCAAAUCAUUCAUCUUCUCGAAUAUCCGGAUGAUCUACGACGACUCUGCGAUGCUGUUUCUAACCUACACCAAAGCUCAAAGGCCAAUGCUAGGACGCCAGCAAUUCACUCGGGAGCGACGAGUAGUAGAACCCUUGCAGAUUAUAAGCCCUGUGCUUGCACAACGCGAAAAGAUCUUCGACGCCAUGGACGCCGUUUGGGAUUUACGUUCUACGAGAUAGAGGCCGAAAAGACUGCCUAUCAUGCACCAGAAUGCCACUUGUCGGGAAUAAUUCCAACAGCCGAGGAAAGACAGGAUCACCGUGUCCAACAUUUCUUAUUUGGGCAGAUGAAGCAAUUGGAGGUUUUCCAGAUCUUCCCAGAAAUUGCAAAUAACCUAGGUUUCAACCCACUUCAUAUAGCGAUCAUCGAACAGGAUGAGGAUAGAGUUCAGUCUUUCCUGAACCGAUAUCCUUCUUAUGUAAACGAGGUCAACUACUGUGGCCAGUCGCCAGUCCAUGUUGCUAUCCAGACUAAGAACCUUCACAUUAUAACAGCCGUUGUGCUGGCGGCUAAUGCCGACAUCCUUAACGCUGCAGAUAACGGAGGGGAGUCCCCGAUUCAUAUGGCGGUUUCCAUGGCAUGUCCCCUCCAUCACUUUUUGAACCCAAAUCGCCAGCAGCCCUGCGCUCAAGCCAGAAUAGUAGAUCGUCUUCUUAAGUCGAAGGCAAUGCUUCUGAACAGCUUGAUGGGUGAGCGGUUCAACGCUGCAUGCCAGCCUACGCAAAUGAUUAUUCUUGGUCAUCUGGCACAAAGGAGAAGAGAUCUCGAACUUCUAGCCGUUUCCGAACUUUCGGCUGUAGAACUACAAGGUCUUGGCUUAUGUAAUGGCCACACAUUGGACCGCAACACUGCAACGGUACAGCAUUAUCUCGCAAAUCAUUGUCGUGUACCAGCUGAACUCCUGUUCUACCGAGAGGAUGACGUGUCUACACAUCUCGACCACUCUGAAUCUAUAUAUCAAUAUAUAUAUAAUCUAGAUGUUGCUGAAUACGCAAUGUCAUUGGGGUUUCAUACUGGAACAAUGCUCUCUGAGUUCUUUUCCGAUCUGAUACAUGAUAUAGCUUUUAAUGGUUGUUUUGGGGACUACGGGGUUACUUUUGGCUACAGAAGUUUUCCAAUGCGUGUCAACUGGAUGAUUGAUCAUGGUGCAGAUAUCGCGACAGCUAUCCCGACGGGCUCUACCUUUGGAGUUGUUCCCAAAUCGACAUGGGCACAUUAUCUCAUGGCUUUAUUUGGGUUUGGGGCAAGGUGGGGUCGCAAUUUGAGCUGGGAAUUGCCGCGGAAUGUUGCAGAAAUCGGGGCCUCAGAAGUUGUCGUCGACGGAUGCUUAUGUUGGUGUUCUAGGCAGGGUUGUAUGCCAUUGGUGAAGUUCUUAGCAGCACUGGACUUCCCCCGAGUGCCUGGGCGGAGUCCUGAGGAUCUUGGAGCUUACGCUAUGAGGGCAUCAAAGGUCCUUGAGAAACUGCUACCGGGAUACAGGCUUGGUGAGCUUCACUAUGGCUGGAUAUACCAUGCCAUCCUACGGUACAUCACGUUCUCGGCCCUGGAUCUUCGUCAUACAUGUUGUGAGAUGGCAAACAAAGGGUCUAAUCCCAUCAUGGAUGCGGAAGAAGUUCGCGAGAUUCACGAGGCGGAUGCAGUCCAACUGCAGAUGCUGGAGGAGCUCGUCUCGGACUUUGAGAUAGAACAUGAAAGCGAUUUUGACCUGGUUUCGUUCCUUCGAGGAACUUGGGUCCCAAAGAUGCAACAUGUUUGUGCAGAGCUCUACUCAAGCCAACUCACUUACCAAGAAACUACAAGCGCUGAAAGAAUCGGAGUGGUAUGGCAGGUCCGCGAGAGUGAGGUUACUUGCUACUCGGGGGUGGGUCACUAUGGCGAUCGUGAAGGCCGGAGACUGAUCAAUGGCUCAAUACCUCAAAUCGAUCGAACCGAAGAUGAUAAGCCCACUACUCUGGCGGAGUGGAUGAGACAAUUAGAUGAUACAGCCAUAGACCCUGAGCGGCCUGUCAUUACUAUGUAG